AUGGCUUCAACAGGAAACCCAAAUCAAACCAUCCCAUUUGACAUGCAGAAAUUCUUCAAACCCACAAUCAACCCAUCAGCAACCCCAACAAAUCCCAACAGCAAAAUCCAUCUGCUCCUAUCCUACUCCUCCUCUUCUUAUCCUCCACCUCUCCUCCUUUCUUUCACCCCAGUACACCAAUUUUACAUGCCUCUCUCUGCUGCCCAUCCAAAUUACCCAAGCGCCCCACAAGAUGCAAAAAUCCUUUUUCCUUCCCCUUCCCUUGGCCCCUACAUUGGCACCCAAAUUCGCCUUAUCAACUCCUCUCCGCAGAACCCAGAUUUCCCACCUCAAAAUCAGCUUUCUCAACAGCAACCACCUCCCGCAGAGUUUUUGGGCUCUGCAGGUCCCAAUGUGGGGCCUUUAAGGGUGCCAAGUUGCAAGCUGCCCAAGGGCAGGCGGUUAUCAGGCGCUCAGGUGGCUUAUGAUAUUGAUACGAGGCUAGCCGGGGAGGUUCAGCCGCAGCUUGAGGUCACUCCCAUAACAAAGUAUGGGUCUGACCCUCAGCUGGUCGUGGGCAGGCAGAUUGCUGUUAAUAAGUCUUACAUUUGUUAUGGGCUAAAAGGAGGCAAUAUUAGGAUUCUUAAUAUAAACACUGCAUUGAGGUCUUUGUUUCGUGGGCACACGCAGAGGGUUACAGACAUGGCUUUCUUUGCUGAGGAUGUUCACCUUUUGGCUAGUGUGAGUCUAGAGGGACGGGUAUUUGUAUGGAAGAUAUCUGAAGAUCCAGAUGAAGAAGAUAAGCCACAGAUUACAGGAAAGAUAGUUAUUGGUGUUCAAAUAUUAGGUGACGAGGAAUAUGUACAUCCACGAAUUUGUUGGCACUGUCACAAACAGGAAGUUUUGGUGGCUGGGAUUGGAAAACGCAUUCUGAGAAUUGAUACUAUGAAAGUUGGGAAGAGUGAAGUCUUCUCAGUUGAUGCACCUUCACCUCUCCAAUGUCCAAUUGACAAGUUGGUUGAUGGUAUUCAGUUGGUUGGCAAACAUGAUGGAGAAAUUACUGAUUUGUCAAUGUGUCAAUGGAUGAUUACCCGAUUGGUUUCUGCUUCUAAAGAUGGCACGAUAAAGAUAUGGGAUGACCGCAAGGCAGUGCCACUAGCAGUGUUGAGACCACAUGAUGGCCAACCUGUUUAUUCUGCUACCUUCCUGAAUGCGCCUCACCGACCAGAUCAUAUUAUACUCAUAACAGGGGGGCCCCUAAAUCGAGAAAUCAAAAUUUGGACAUCAGCAAGUGAAGAGGGUUGGCUACUUCCAAGCAACACUGAAACAUGGACUUGCACCCAGACAUUAGACUUGAAGAGCUCUACUGAACCUCAAAUUGAAGAAGCAUUCUUCAAUCAAGUUGUUGUAUUAUCUCAAGCAGGCCUUUUCUUACUUGCAAAUGCUAAAAGAAAUGCUAUAUAUGCUGUACAUGUAGAAUAUGGCUCUUGUCCAGCAGCAACGUGCAUGGAUUACAUAGCAGAGUUCACUGUCACUAUGCCUAUACUAAGUUUUACUGGGACAAGCGAUCCUCCUGAUGAACAUAUUGUUAAAAUUUAUUGUGUUCAGACACAGGCUAUACAGCAGUAUGCCUUGGAGUUAUGCCAGUGCAUCCCACCACCACUGGAUAAUACUGGCUUAGAGAAGUCAGAGUCAUAUGUUUCAUGUGAUGCAACUAAUGCUGAAGGCUUUGAUGCUUUGGAUCCACCUGGAAAUAAACCUUCUGAAUUAUCUCUUUAUGGUUCAGUUCCCAAACCAACUACACAAGUUAGUAGCUCUGAAAAUUCAAUUGCAGCAAGGUAUCCUUCAAGCCCUCCUUCUAUCGAGGCAAAAACUGCAGAAACAUUUAAUACUUUGAAUAUUGAUUCUAAAUCUCCCCCUACUGCUUUGGCAUCAACAGCAAGUGAUGCGGAUAUUGUUUGUGUUGCAUCACCGCCACCACUUCCUCCUAGUCCUAGGUUGUCUAGAAAGCCCUCUGGUUUUCAUAGUCCGUCAAAUGGCUUUGAGCCAACAUCCCAGCUUGGUGACCAUGGUGGAAACCAGCUGGUUGUCGAUUAUUCAGUUGACAGACAAAUGGAAACUGUUCGAGCAAAUUUGUCUGAUGUGCAUUCUUCAGAAGAUGUUUUGAGAAAUGAUGAGAAGAAGAUAGUAGCAGAUGAGAAAUCUAAUGCAUGUAAUCCGCCUAUCAUUUUCAAACAUCCAACUCAUCUUGUGACUCCCUCUGAGAUAUUGAUGGCUGUAUCAUCAUCUGAAACUACCAAUAUCACUGAGGGAAAGAGUGAGGGUGAGGUGAACAUUCAAGAUGUGGUUGUUAACAAUGAUGGGCGCAAUGCUGAGGUUGAGGUAAAAGUGGUGGGUGAAGCAAGAUCUUCUCAGAACAAUGAAUUUGGUUCUCAUGGAGACUCCCAAAAUCGAAACUUGGAAAAUAGAGAGAGAUUCUUUUGCUCUCAGGCUUCAGAUCUUGGCAUUCAGAUGGCUAGGGAGUGCUGUGCAAUUUCAAGAGAUGCAUACAUUGUGGAUGAAUCUCAGCAAGCAGAUGGUGUCGCUUCAUCAGGGUCACUUGUGCAACCUAAUGUCGGUGAGGAAGAAAUCCAUGAUUCCAGAAAAGAUCUGUCUGGAAAGGUUUUGGAAUCAGCCAUGCCUUCUACAUUUCCGCAAUCACCGGCACCAGGUACAAAAGGGAAGAAGCAGAAGGGGAAAAGUUCUCAAGCAUCUGGCCAAUCUUCUCCAUCUUCAAGCACUUUCAAUUCUGCAGAUUCUUCCACUGAGCCAGGAGGGAAUUCCAAUCUCCCCUCAACAGGUGCUGCAUUUCCUCAAAUCGCAGCUAUGCAAGAGAUGCUUAAUCAGCUAAUUACUACACAAAAGGAAAUGCAGAAACAAAUGUCAAAUAUAGUCAAUCUCCCGGUUACAAAAGAAGGCAGAAGACUAGAGGCAGCUCUUGGACGGAACAUUGAGAAAGCCAUUAAGGCCAACACUGAUGCUCUAUGGGCUCGUUUUCAAGAAGAGAAUGCCAAAAAUGAGAAGUUGUCACGAGAACGUGCACAGCAUAUAAUGAGUUUGAUCACUAAUUUUAUAAACAAGGACUUCACAGUUAUAUUAGACAAAACAGUCAAGAAGGAAUUAACUGCAGUUGGACCAGCUGUAAUUCGUACCGUUACUCCAGCAAUAGAGAAAACAGUAACUUCAGUUAUCACUGAGUCCUUCCAGAGAGGGGUUGGAGAUAAGGCAGUGAAUCAACUAGAAAAAUCUGUUAAUUCAAAACUUGAGGCCAUGGUUGCCAGGCAAAUUCAAGCACAGUUUCAAACUUCUGGCAGGCAAGCACUCCAGGAGGCUCUGAAAUCUAGUGUGGAGGCUUUGGUGAUCCCUGCCUUUGAGAUGUCAUGCAAAGCAAUGUUUGAGCAAGUAGAUGCUGCAUUUCAGAAAGGGAUGGUUGAACAUACCAAUGCUGCUCAGCAACACUUUGAGUCUGCAAGUUCUUCUUUGGCAAUUGCUUUAAGGGAUGCCAUAAACUCUGCAUCAUCACUUGCUCAAACCUUAAGUGGAGAAUUUGCUGAUGGACAGCGAAAACUUUUAGCUUUUGCAGCUGCAGGAGCUAACUCAAAUGCAGCAAGCCCAUUGACUUCUCAACUCAGCAAUGGACCUUUAAGUGCUCUGUAUGACAAGUUAGCUACUUUAGAGACAAAGGAUUUUAUGUCCUUGCCUCAGGUUGAGGUGCCAAUGGAUCCAACAAAGGAGCUAUCAAAAUUGUUAUCUGAACGCAAAUAUGAUGAAGCUUUCACUGCUGCCCUGCAAAGAAGUGACCUCUCUAUUGUUGCUUGGUUAUGUUCACAGGUUGAUUUACGUAGCAUUCUGUCAACUGCCCCUUUUCCUUUGAGCCAAGGAGUGCUGCUAUCUCUCUUGCAGCAAUUGGCAUGUGACAUCAACAAGGAUACACCACGAAAACUCACAUGGAUGGUAGAUGUGGCCACUGCCAUAAACCCAGGCGACCAAAUGAUCGCAGUGCAUGUACGGCCAAUCUUUCAGGAAGUCUAUAAGAGAGUGCACGACAUAAGUAGCUCACCUCUGCUCACGGGUGCUGAACACGCCAGCAUCCGUGCUCUCUUUUAUGUCAUCAACUUUGUUCUAAUGACCUGUAAAUGAUGAACAUGAGGAUAUGUUAGGUACAAGUUUGUACAAGAAGUUUCUGGUUUGUUUUCAUGCAAGGACCCUCUGCUUUGGGGUACAGGAAAAUUGGGUCCUGAUUUUGUAAUCUAGUGAUAAUAUAGACUGUAAGAAACUAGGCAUCAUUUCAGAUUUGUAUUUUCCUUGAUCUUCUGCAGCUCUGCUGACAUUUAUGCAAGUAUUGAUUUUGACUUCUA